AUGGUGUCUCUAAUUUCGCCACCUGCUUCAUCUUCCAACAUUCAAUUGCGCGAUACUCCUUUCUUCUCCACUCUCUUUAUUCCGCCAAGGAGCGUCCAAUUCCGUCACCACACACGAAACCACCAAAAUCACAAACAGAAAACGGUAUGGUGUGGCCUUACCAGCACCGGCGCGUCUCCUCCGUCGUCGUUGACGAAGGAGCCUCACAAAUUCUUCGACCACGCAAUCAUCACCGUUCGCGCGGGUGACGGAGGCCACGGUGCGGUGCUGAAUCACAAAGAGAAGAACGAGCAGGAGCGGGGGAAAGCGAAGAAGAAAGGGAAAGGCUCGUUGAAGAGGGACUUCGACGGGUCGCUCAUACUUCCUACGGGAGGGCACGGAGGGGACGUGGUGAUCUACGCCGACGAGGCCAAAGACACGUUGCUGGAGUUUCACACCAAGAGCAGAUAUCACGCCAAGCGCGGCGGCAACGUUGAUGCGAUGGGCGCUUUGACGUCGAUGUUGCGCGAUGGACUUGUGGCGCCCACGCUACGCAUUCCUGUCCCUGUAGGUACAGUUGUGAAAAACAAACGAGGGAAGGCGUUGGCUGAUCUAGCACAACCCGGUGAUGAAGUUCUUGUUGCGAGGGGAGGACAAGGAGGGAUUAGCUUGUUAGAAAUGCCACAGCGUCAAAGAAAAAAGAUGAUGGCUCUGACAACUAAUGUGAUGAGAGAUGACUCAGACAAGAUUUUAGUUCACGGUCAUCCUGGGGAGGAAGUUAAGUUGGAGCUGAUCUUACGAGUUGUUGCAGAUGUUGGUCUGAUUGGACUUCCAAAUGCUGGGAAAUCAACUCUUCUGGCAGCCAUUACACUUGCUAAGCCUGAUAUAGCUGAUUAUCCUUUUACAACAUUAAUGCCAAAUCUUGGACGCCUGGGUGGUGAUCCCAGCUUGGGGGCAGGAAUGUUUUCAUCCGAAGCUACAUUGGCAGAUUUGCCUGGUCUUAUUGAAGGUGCUCACUUAGGAAAGGGUCUUGGUCGCAAUUUUUUGAGGCACCUCCGGAGGACCCGGCUAUUGGUCCAUGUUGUGGAUGCUGCCACCGAGAAUCCUAUAAAUGAUUACAGAACUGUCAGAGAAGAGUUGCGCAUGUAUAAUCCUGAGUACCUUGAACGACCGUACGUUGUAGUUUUGAAUAAGAUUGACUUACCAGAGGCAAAGGACAGACUCCCAUCAUUGAUUCAAGAAAUCAUGAGAAUAGGCAACGGUGGUGCUACUUCCGAACUAAGAUCAAACUCUGAAGUUCCAGCUCAAUUGUCUGAUGAAACUGACACGAAGGAAAAAAGACUUGAGGAGUAUGCUCGACCUCUCUCUGUUGUUGGAGUCAGUGUUCUAAAGGGUAUCAGGAUUGACACGAUGUUAAAGGAGAUAAGGUCGGCUUUGAAGAAAUGCUCAGAUUCUAGUGAAACAUUGGCUUCUAGUGUGCCACCUUGA